AUGGGCACUCCCACAACAAACAUGACCCUGAUCCAGGAUCCAGAGCUUUGUACUCUGGACACAUGUCCCCUGGACCUAGCCAUGAUCGAAUAUCUCCCCAAUCUUGCGGGUAACAUCUUCUUUGCUGCAGUCUUCGGACUUAUUAUCGUCUUCCAACUUUUCUUCGGCAUUAAACACAAGACAUGGAGUUACAUGAUAGCCAUGGUCUGUGGCUUAGCACUAGAAAUUAUUGGAUACGUUGCUCGCAUUCAGAUGCACAGUAACCCUUUCAAAUUCGACCCCUUCCUCAUGUACCUCGUCUGCUUAACCAUUGGACCCGCUUUCCUCUCUGCGGCUAUCUACCUCUGUCUCUCCCGCAUCGUGAUCGCAUACGGCGAAAAGAUCCCCUUCUUCCGCGCCCGCACCUACACCAUUCUUUUCAUCACGUGCGACCUGAUAGCCCUAGUCCUGCAAGCCGCUGGCGGAGCCAUCGCCUCCAUUGCAGACGACAAAGAUACCACGAAGAUCGGCACGAACAUCAUGGUUGCUGGUGUCUCGUGGCAGGUAUUCAGUCUCCUUCUCUUCGUGGCACUCUGCACCGACUUCGCGCUUCGGGUCCGCCGUGCCCCUGCGAACUUAUCCAACCCCAUAUUUGAGGGCCUGCGACAGACAAAGGCUUUCAAAGGUUUCCUGUUGGGAUUGGGUACCGCGACGUUGACCAUCAUUAUUCGGUCGGCUUUCCGAUGCGCGGAGCUCAGCGAGGGGUUUGAUGGGAAGUUGGCGAAUGAUGAGAUCACUUUCAUGGUGCUGGAGGGAGCCAUGAUUGCCGCGGCAGUUAUUGCUCUGACAGCGUUCCAUCCCGGCUGGGUGUGGAAGGGACAAUGGGGAGAUGCGGUUUGGAGUGUGCGAUCGAAAAAUGGGGAAGAGGCGAAUUAUAAGGGGCUUAUGAUUGAGGGUAGUGACGAGAGUUAUCGGAUGGAGUCGAGAGAGAGGAUCAAUACCUCUUAUGCUUGA